AUGGUAGCGGAUGACAGUGCCAACAGCAGAACGGAACACACACCAUGGCUUGCGGCAGUAAUAUCAACAGCAUCGGAUGUUGAGCGCCGAAUGCUCAUCAGGUCAACUUGGAUGAGGCUCUAUGAGGACGUUCCGUUCGAUGGUCGGUUUGUUGUCUCAAAUCCUGGACCGCGGUGGAUGGAAGUUGUCUCUCGCGAGAACAACACGUUCGGCGACAUGAUUGUUCUCGACCAUAUUCAAGAAGACGACGUUACUGCGAAUACGAUAAAGACCCUCGAGUUCUACAAGUGGCUUGUCAACAAAAGCCUAAAGUACGAUUUGGUCUCGAAGAUGGACACCGACUUGUGGCUGAAUGCCAGGGGAUUCUGGGACCGCUUCCUUCAACCCAGGUUGUCGAUGAAUAAUGAGAGUGGACGCUUUGAGAGUACCAUCAAUCGGACCGUCAUCGGAGAGCUGUACUACUCGAAGUACUGGGAUCUCACGUUUCCUCACGGAGCCAUGUACACGGUAACUUGGGAUAUGGUUGAGCUGCUGUCGUCACUUCAGGAGAAGUUCAAAGUGGUAACUGGAGAGGACAUGGCUGUUGGAACACUCAUGUUGAAGGGACGCGAGCGAGCGAGCUUCAUCAACUUCAAAGGCUCGGAGAAGUUUGACUACGACGACCGUGAUGCGCGACAGGACGGCUCAGCAUGGGCAAGGAAACAUACGCACCCGAAUUCAAUCGACCACGCGCUUGUGGAGGACGAUCCUAUCGCCGUUCACCAACUCAAAGAUGAGGCAUAUUGGUUCAAGGUGGCGGAUUGUUUUGAUGAGGACGGGGUCAAAGCGAUGCCGCCGCAAUCCAAGUACGAGACCCAGAGACCUAUGUCGAUGCGAUGGCACGAUUUCUGGUAUUCCGUGGGCGUCUCAAGUCGAUACGAGUCGAGAUUUGAUAAGAUACCAGAGUUUCUUUGGACGUUGGAAAACGGCGAUUGGAUAUGUGAUGGCAUCUGGAACUUGGGAAAGACCAAGACGGGUUUCGUUGAGGAAUAG